CAUUCAACUGCAAGUGCAAGCGAAAAUUUGAGCAAAUUAACAACGCUCCAGAGGUAGAAUCUCAGCUGGAUUUGCAUUUCUUCCCCACCUCAUAUUGGAACUAAAAACUGACUCAUUCUUGAAUCUCCCCAGAGACGGCUUUCCCGUCCCCGCCGUACCGUUUGCGGAAGCGGGUCAGGGAAUGUUUUGCUCAAACACACUCAUUUAGUGUUUGGAGAUGCGUAGCAUCCACAGAGACAGUGCACCAUGGCACCUGUGAGAGCUUUUCUGCUCGGGGCUUUUCGAACUGUAGUUUUUGGGUUUGGGUUUAAAAAAUUAACCUAAACACAGAUGUUGCCUCUUGCCUGCUGGUAUAAAGGGAGGGCAAUAUGACCACCAACACUUUGCCACUUAGUAUUAUUUGUCUUCUUCACUGCCAAUUGGCAAGAUUUCAGAGAAUUCAUUCCAGCUGACUUUCAAACCAUUCCGGCAUCGAAAUGGAUUUGUCACCCUUGACUGGUAGGGCAUCAAUGCCGUCCUCAACUAUUGCUAGUAGAAUGAGUAUGGGCGGAAUGGACCAUGGGAGCAACAAUGACUGCAAGAUCUCUAUGCUUUGGAACUGGGACGUCAUCAAUGCCUGCUUCAUUUCAUCAACAUGGAGAAUUACCUCUAGGGGCAUGUUUGCAGGGUCAUGCAUCGGCGUCAUUCUCCUCGUCAUGUCUCUUGAAUUCCUCCGGCGCGCUGGUUACGAAUUCGAUAAAUACAUUGCUGGAAGAAGCAACAUCUACUCACGACGAUUGCAACGAAUAAUCAUGAGCCCGAAAUCGACUUCCAGUAGCCUAGGAUCUCCGGUAGAGACUCCGAUUGGCCCAGGAAAUCGUGCUCCACGGCCGACUCUGCUUCAACAUACUGCCCGCUCACUUUUGCACAUGGUGCAAUUCGGUGUCGCUUAUUUCAUCAUGCUGCUAGCCAUGUACUACAACGGGUACAUUAUCAUUUGCAUCUUGAUCGGGUCUUUUCUCGGCUCGUUUGUGUUCUCGUGGAAGUCAGACGCAGAAAAUGAUGCUUGCAAAGUCACUGUGUGUUGUGGCUAGUAUCCAGCGCAUAGAGUGCAGGCGCUACAAAAGAGCUAUACUUGGGCUCUGCGACUAGACCAAUCAACUGGGUUAGUUCACAUUUAAAGCGCGGGGGCGAUGACUCGGACAUGAUAAAUAAAAGCGUGUAAUAUUGGUCUUCUUCUUGCAUUGAGCAAAAAGGGGUGGCAGGAGUUUACUACAUCUUGAUGUAAUUAAUUAAUGUAACUGGUUCCUAGUCGUCAGUUAGAGUAACACCAGGUAAAACUCCUUUUGAUUUUCAGUCUACAGGAAGUUUCUCCGAAUAUAAUAUUAACAAGCAUCAAAUGCUCGCUUACGCUCGGUUUGCUGCUUGCGCAGCCCCCUCUACCACUUCCACCCUCCCCCGACCACCUCCUACCCGCCUCUUACCACCCCUUCCACCCUCUUCCACACCGUAUCACCUCUACCACCCCUUCCACCCCUUCCACCCCUUCCACCCCUUCCACCCCUUCCACCCUCUCCCUCUACCACCGUCUACCACCCUCUACCGCGCUCUACCACCCCUUCCACCCUCUGCCCCUACCACCCUCUUCCACCCCGUAUCACUCCUUCGACCCCUUCGACCCCUUCCACCCUCUACCCUCUCUACUGCCUCUAUCACUCUCCCCCCCUACCACUCUCUUCCACCCCGUAUCACCUCUAUCACCAUUAUCAGAUUAAUCAGAGCCAUACAGACUGCAGAGCCAGCUGUUCAAUCCCAUCUGAAUUCAAAGAGAUGCACAUGACAUCACAUGAGAUCAUGUUACAGAGAAUUUAGCAGUGCAUGCUAUGAACACAGAGAUCAAAAAUGAAUAUAGAGAAAAGUAUAAAGAAUGUAAAUACUGUAGAGAAUGUAUGAAAAGAGCAGAAUAAACAAAAGAAUGAAGAUUUGAAGAUUGAUCUGAGCUGUAUAAG